CCCGGGGGGAGGGGGGGUGCGGGCGGGGUACCGUGCUCUCGCGGUGUUUGGGCGGUCUCCCGAGUGACCGUGUCCUUGAGCGCGCAGCGAUGGGUUUCUGGGACUCGGCGGAUGGAGAUGACUGUCCGGGGAAAGCCUGGGAGACGACGCGGCUCGGAGCCGGCCUCGGUCUUGUUGGUUCAGCCUAUCAUAUUGUUGCAUUGCCACCUAAAAAUGCAGUUGAAGCUGUGCAACGAGGAGUCAAUGGGACAAUGACAAUGGCUGCACUUGGUGCAGUUUUUGGAAUAACUACCUGCCUAACUUCACAUUUUCGAGAAACCAAUGAUGAUCCAUUGAAUUAUUUCAUUGGAGGUUGUGCUUCGGGAGUCGUGCUUGGAGUACGAGCUCACAGCUACAUGACUGGCACCGCAGCCUGUCUGUCUCUGGGUGCUAUUGCAGCUCUCACAAAGAUUGGCAAAAUGGAAGGCUGGCGUAUAUCUGGACCUCCCAAACUUUAAACACAGCUGAAACAGCACAAACUUGUAAUAUAAUAUUGCUUGUCCAUUAAAAAGAAUGUAAAUUCUG